GCCAAGUUUGGUCAGCCAGCCACUGAGUGACAUGUUGCGCAGACAGGGCCACCGACGACAACCCCCACUUCCGGUUAGCCCAUCCAGCCUAGUUCCUGUCAACCACCAAAAACUGAGCGCCUCGUCUUUCUUUUCUUCCCUCCCGCUCCAGCAACCCAUCCACAUCGUUUGGUCCAACGACACCAUGGCUCGUGGCAAUCAGCGUGACAAGGCCCGCGAGGCUAACCUGAAGAAGCAGGCCGGCCAGAAAAAGGCAAACAACAUGAGCGGAACAGAGAUGCAGCGUGCCAAGGAGUCCGCUGCUGAGAUUAUGCGAGCCAAGCAGGCUGCCGCUGAGGCCAAGAAGGCCGCUGAAGGCAAAAAGUAAAACGAAAAGGCGGUAGAUUUCCAUUCGACUCUCGGCGUACCGGCGAUAUAAUACCAUUUCCAACAGCUUCCAGC